GGGGUCAUUUGCGGGCCAUUUACACAAACUUGGUCAACGCAGCGGUAAAAAUAUUUGUAAAGCCAUCCCGUCCCAUCCCUUUCGGUGGUUGCCCGAUCGAAAGGCCUCGUGCUGUUCCGUGCAGCAGCAGCAGCAGUCGCGCGGCAGUUGCGGUGGAACUUUCGAGCCGUGCAGAACCCCGAGUCAUGAGCUACUACUACUCGUCCGAGGAGGACAACAGCAGCUCCCAGUACUUGGGCAGCCCUAACUACAACCUGACGCCGAUGGUAUGCUCCACGCAGGAGUACAGCCAUACCGCCUACCUCUCUCCCGACUGGCAGUUUCUGGAUGUAGCAGGCGGAGCUAGCCUGGAGCUGCCCCCGGCCACCCACUCCGUUGACCUUGAGAUGCGCACAGAGGCGGGCAUGGACCAGCUCAAGAGGCGCAAGAGCGAGGGCUCCAGGAGAUCAGAGGGCCAGUGCCAAGCAGCCGGCCAAGAGACGGUCGUUCUCAGUCCCACGGUGCAAAAGCGACGACGCCAGGCGGCCAAUGCCCGGGAAAGAAAGCGCAUGAAUGGCCUAAACGAGGCCUUCGACCGCUUGCGGGAAGUGGUCCCAGCCCCGUCCAUCGAUCAGAAGCUGUCCAAGUUCGAGACCCUCCAGAUGGCCCAAUCCUACAUUCUGGCCCUGUGCGACCUUCUCAACAACGGCGACGUGGAUGUGGAUGCGGCCGCCUACAGCCUAUUUGGGAGCGGAAAUGGAAGCGACAGCGAAUCCAGCUUCCACUUGAGCCACGGUUAAGCUAUACUCGAUCUUAGAUUUAAGCUUUUGUGAUUCUUCUCUAACUCUAAAUUUAGUAUAAAUAAAGAAAAAUGAUACCAGUGAGAUGCUUGCGAAAUCAAUUGGCCAG